ACUCAGAGAAUCAGUUCAUUCACACUCGCGUUGACAGAGUAGAACAGACGACACAAUGGCAGAAGAAGCACCAGCAGCCGCAGCAGCACCGGCCGCCGCACCGGCCAAAGCCGCAAAGAAGAAGUCGGCCUCCAAGCCGAAGAAGGCCGGUCCCAGCGUCAGAGACCUGAUCGUCAAGGCCGUGGCCGCAUCCAAGGAGCGCGGCGGCGUGUCUCUGGCCGCUCUCAAGAAGGCUCUGGCCGCCGGAGGAUACGAUGUGGAGAAGAACAACUCCCGCGUCAAGACCGCCGUCAAGGGGCUGGUGGUUAAGGGGACUCUGGUCCAGACCAAGGGCACCGGAGCGUCCGGAUCCUUCAAGAUGAACAAGAAGGUGGCUGAGCCCAAAGUCAAGAAGCCGGCAAAGAAAGCUCCCGCUAAAGCCAAGAAGCCCGCAGCUGCCAAGAAGCCCAAGGCGGCGGCAAAGAAGCCAGCAGCCGCAAAGAAAUCCCCCAAGAAGGCAGCAAAGAAACCCGCGGCAGCUAAGAAGGCCGCCAAGAGCCCCAAGAAAGCUACAAAGAGCCCCAAAAAGGCCACUAAGAGUCCCAAGAAAGUGGUGAAGAAGGCCCCCGCAGCCAAGAAGGCUCCCGCAAAGAAGGUCGCCAAGCCCAAAGCCAAGAAGGCAGCACCCAAGAAGAAGUGAGCUGUCUCCAUCUCCACACGGACCGACAAAAGGCUCUUUUAAGAGCCACCCA